AUGGACAUGAUAUUCACAAGCCUUGAUGAUUGUUGUUCAACGUAUGUUACGUAUGCCAAGGCUUGUGGUUUUUCAGUCAGGAAAGGGACUGAAAAGAUAAACGCCAAAGGUGAAAGACAUAUUAAGUAUUACAUGUAUACAAGAGCUAAGGUAUAUAAGGAUAAGAAGGUUGAUACGUUGGACCCCAAUAAAAAGGAACAGAUUGUGCGAUCCAACUUUUCAAAGAGGACUAAUUGUGGUGCACUAUUAUGUGAAAUUUUUGAGGUUGGAUCAUGGAAUGUCUAUAAGUUUGUUGAGGAGCACAACCAUGAUCUUGUUGAACGUCCUGAUAAGCAUUUCCUUCCAACUGAACGACACCUCACUCAGCUCCAGCAGCAUGUUAUACACAACAUGUCUAAGUUGAAUUUGGGUCCAGUUAAGGCGUUUAAUGUUAUGAAGACUUGUUUUGGCGGUUUUGAAGACGUCAGUGCAAGUAAAUUUGAAUUUAAGAACUACAAGAGAUAUGCUAUGGUUUUUGUACCAUUCACUGGUAUAGACAAUCACCACUGCAAUGUUACAUGUGGUGCUGCAUUAUUAGUGUCAGAAACUGCUGAUACGUAUAUAUGGUUGUUGAGAGUUUUUCUAAAAGCUAGUAGUUCUCAACCGAAAGUUGUUGUCACUAACCAAUAUCCAGCAAUGAAGAAGGCUAUUUUUGUUGUAUUUGUUGAAACGAGGCAUCAGUUAUGCAUGUGGCAUGUGAUGCAUAAACUUUUUCUGAAGGUUGGUUUUAGGCUAUGCAAUUCCACCAAUUUCAAAGAACGUAUUUGUGGUGUUAUGUGGGCGGAUAUUCUUACACUCGAAGAGUUCAAAUUAGGAUGGGAAGAGGUUACCAGAGAGUUCAAUUUAGCAGAUAAUGACUGGCUCUUUGAUAUUUUUGCACUCAGGGAAUCUUGGCUCCCUGCAUACUAUAGAAUGGAGGAGUUGUCAGGCCUUAUGAGAGUGACAUCGAGUUUGGAUAUUAGGGAAUUUCCAAAACAAUACUUUUUGAAAAGAUGGCGUAAAGAGGCUUCCCCAAAUUGCUCUUCCGGAUACUCAAUGAGUCGUAAAUAUAUGACCAAGCUUGAUCCCAAUGUGCAAAGUAUGAUGCGAGAAAUUAUUUUUGCAACAAAGUAUACUUUGAACCGUUUAUCUGGUAAUAAGGAGGAGCAAUCCUUAUACAAGGAUCAUGUUCCAUCUUUUUUGAAGAAGGUUCAAGAUAUGCAGAUUGUUGCUCCUCCUCCUAGUACUAGGGAUAGAUUUGCGGAGAUAACCGGUCAAUAUAAAAACGACAAGAUCCGAUAA